CUCGUGCUAAUGCUGUGCCGUUUCGACCUCCACGCAAUGAAAGACGGUUGGCUCCAUUGAGUGACAUGGGUCACUCUCCAGCUCUUGCAAUGCGCACAGAGAGUUGGGAUCGCGAUGAAGAUGCAGAUGUCUAUUCAGAAGAUGAAGACUAUGACCCAGAGGUGGAUGAGGUCGAGUCGUUUGAUGAUCAUGUGGACGACGUGUUUGCGGCGCAUGAAGCUGAACAUCGAGGCAAUGCUAACAGCAAAAAAAAGGACACCGAUUUUUGGGAAGUUGAUGUCAUUGAAAACGGCGUGAUAAAAAGGAUGGAUCUCACGAUUAAGGAGGCAUUAGCACUUCCUCCUGGAAGGAAGAUCGUACUCCACCUUAACAAGGAGAUGCAACAAGUUGGUCAAUCAGCUGGCCUAUUAAGCGGGUUCUUGGGGAGUUUGGGUGCUGAUUUUCAACAGUUACCAAUUUGUGGAGAAAGUUGGAGGACAAUGAAUAAGGCUAUCAAAGAGCACGUGUUUGACCAGUUUAAGCGAGUGUUUCACUAUGAGGAUGAUGAAGGAGGAAGAAUAAAGCUGAGAAUCAUACAAAGGAUAGGAAGAAACUGGAAGAACACAAGAAAUAACUUGUUCCAUAAGUUUUAUGAUAGUAGAAGGACUUUUGAGCAAAAUGUCAACCAUAAACCAUCAGGAAUAGAUGCAAAUCACUGGAAGUGGUUUCUUGAGUAUCGAUUGAAGGAUUCAACAAAGGAAAAGUGCAGAAAAAAUGCUGCAAACCGUGCAAAGCAACGUUACAUACAUACUGGAGGUUCUAAAACUUUGGCCAGAAAAAGACAUGAAGAAGAGCAACGACAGGGAAGACCUAUUGGUAGAGGAGAGAUAUGGACCAUGACACAUAAAAAACAGGAUGGCACGUAUAUAAAUGAAGAUGCGCGUCUUGUUGGUGAAGCAAUUGAGCAUAUUGAAAGCCAAGACGUCUCCAGCAAGGAGCUUUCACAGAAUGAUUCCCUCUCACAAGUUCUUGGCAAGGAGCAUCCAGGACGAGUUCGUGGAAUGGGUUUCGGACCGUGUCCCACUCAGUGUUUUCGUUAUAUUCCACAACAGUCAGCCUCCAGUGUGCAAGUUGAGGAUUAUCAAAAGGAGAUUGCAGAACUUAAGGCAGAGGCAGCAAUACUAAAGGCAGAGAGAGCAGAGGACAAGGCAAAGUCACAAACAAUGGAAAAUUUGUUAAGAUACCUAAUACAGCAACAAGGAGGUAAUUUGCCUCCUGACGUAGCUGCGAAUCUGGAAGCUUUAGGAGGUGCACCGACCGUAUCCCGUGCAACAUGAUCUUGUGGCACUAAUGAUCUAAAUGAAAUAUCAUGGAGUCAAAUCAAUUGAUCUAGAAAAACUUUGAAUCUGAACACUUAUUUAUUGUUUGCUGUGUAA